CCGCGAAACAGAUCACUCAGCGAAGACUAGCCUGCUAUUGCGGCACUAACGAAUUGCCAGCUGAAAGGAUAAAUAAUCCGAUACAAAAGAUUCCAGUCUACGAUGGAGAUUGACAGUCUAAUGAAACAGGAGUUUGUCAGUGUCUGGGUCCAGGAGCCACAAUUCCACAAAGAUGACUUCUGGCACACGCACGUUGACUAUGAGAUCUGUUUACAUACCAAUAGCAUGUGUUUUAGGAAGAAGACUUCCUGUGUGCGGAGGCGAUACAGUGAGUUUGUUUGGCUCCGGCAGCGUCUGCAGGACAACACUAUGCUCAUAGAGUUGCCCAAACUGCCUCCCUGGAACCCUUUCUUCAGUCUGAAAAACCCCUACAAGGUCAACCAGAGGAUGAAUGGCCUGCGGGAGUUUCUAGAGAUUAUCCUCCAGGACCCCCUGCUGCUGUCUGACAGUAGAGUGCACCUGUUCCUCCAAUCCCAGCUCAGCGUGACCAAGAUGGAGGCGUGUGUCUUGGGACAGACACGCUACACAGUGGCACAGGCCAUCCAGAUGUGUAGCGACUGUCACCGCACACGCUUCCCCAUAGAGAAGGGCAGCAAGGUGUACUUCAACUCAGACUGCGAAAGCCUCACCAGCACCACGUCAAGUCUGGGCCACAGCCAUGACUCGGGGGUCCCCCAGAGCCCCAGCCUUCUACCCUUUGACUGCAGCACCUGUGAAAAUUCUGACGGCAAAAUUCGCAUCCGGGAUGAGGGAUUCUUCAGCAGUCUGUCAGAGUCGUCGUGUGACCAGGAACACAUGGAGCCCUGACACACCACUUCCACACACACACGCACAAAGGGGCUGUUUCCCGGACAAAGAUUAAGCCUAGCCCUGGACUAAAAAGCACUUAAUCUUUGUUCGGGAAACCACUCAAAAGACUGUUUGCUACGGUUCCUGAUGCGCUUCUCAAACCUGAUUAACUGGCGGCGUAGAAAGGUAUUUUUAUGUGGUUCUGUUGGAAUUCUCUCUGGGUCCACUUUAUACAAAUCUUUUUUUUAUUUUUUAUCUUAAGUAUUCCAAGUAUCAAAUGUUUUAUUUUUAAGAACUAACUUGAUGGUUUAUUGACUUGGUGGUUGGUGCCCUUUGAAAUCCUGGAAUGUCCAAGUAGUUUUUGUUGAAAUGUGCUUUGGUUUCUUGUCCUUCUUGUUAAGGUUAUCCCUGGGCUUUCCUUCAGCAUUAACUUCAGUAGGCUUAGAAGAGGCUGGUGGGAAGUGCUGUAGGACAGACUUAUCGUAAUGGCUGCAAUGGUAUCAAACAUAUGGAAACCACAUUUGACUAUUCCAUUCUAGCCAUGACAACGAGCCUGUCGUCUUAUUGCUCCUCCCACCAGCCUCUGGCCUAGAUGUCUUCUGUUAUGAGUGACGAUCUAUACUGAACAAAAAUAUAAACACAUGUAAAGUGUUGGUCCUAGGAGCUGAAAUAAAAUAUCCCAGAA